GAGUUAUGGUUUAUACUGUAUACAUGGGUAUUGUCAUUGACUUGUCACACUGGAAACUGUUUUUGUUUGAACACUUUUUGCAUGAAGUCGGAGGGAAACUUAGUGUUGUAAUGGAAAGUCUCAAAUCGCAUUUGUGCGGAAACGAAGACGGCGCCUGAGGUGAAUUUGAACGCAACGUUGUGAUGGAAUCAUAUCCCCAGGCACGAUGGCUCAACUCUAAUGUACUUCACAUUUAACACCAUUACAGGGAUCGAAGCAGGACUCGUUAAAUUACAAGUAAUCUGGUAAAUAAAAGAAAAACCUUUGCAACUGAUGGUCAGGUAAUCUCACAUGUAAGAAGAAAAUAAUAGUCUUGCGAAUAAAAACGUCACAGUUCAGUCUCCUAGAAGGGCCUUUUGAAAUAAAAGGAACCAGUGCCCACGUAAAACAAGUCAUGUGUGCCAACUAUGGUCUUUCAUUGCGUUCAAAACAUUUGAACGUGUAGUUGUGGGCUGAGUCCAAUUACAUCACUGGCAGCCAUAAAACUCAUUCAGACUCACCGGACUGGAAACACGGACGAAUUACCCAUCUGACUGAGACCUCAGCAGAUCACACGCCGCUCCGCUCUGACCUGUGGAUACCUUCUCAGCAAAUAGAGAUGUAUGCCAAAGACAUGAAGAAACCAAAGUCACCGUUUUGCAACAUAAAGGUGUUUGUGCUGUGCCAUGGGCUGCUCCAGCUGACCCAGCUGCUGUACAGCUCCUACUUCAAGAGCACCAUCACCACCAUCGAGAGACGCUUCGGCCUCAGUAGCUACUCCUCCGGCACCAUCUCCUCCCUGCACGAGGUGGGGAACACGGUCCUGAUUGUGUUCGUCAGUUACCUGGGCAGCCGUCUGCACCGGCCCCGCCUCAUCGGACUGGGUGGGCUGCUGAUGUCCGUCAGCGCCCUCCUCCUCGCCCUACCUCACUUCCUGUCCCAGCCCUACCAGUACGACUCUGUCUUCCACAUGAAGGGGAACUCCAGCGGUCGUCCUGACAUGUGUCGUGUCCAGCUGAACUCCAGCCGUGCGGAGGCGUGUGGGGGGGAGGAGGGCCAGCGUCUGGGGGGGGACAGGCUCUGGCUGCUCAUGGCCAGCGCCCAGCUCCUGUUUGGGGUGGGCUCCGUCCCCAUCCAGCCCUACGGCAUCUCCUACGUUGACGACUUCGCCGGCGCUGGAAACUCCCCUCUCUACAUAGCAAUCCUGUUUUCUAUAUCAGUGUUUGGUCCAGCGUUUGGGUUCCUCCUGGGCUCCGUCAUGCUGCGCAUCUACGUGGACGUGGACAGAGCCGGCUCAGUGGCCUCCCAGGAGCUGAGCCCCUCGGAUCCCCGCUGGGUGGGGGCCUGGUGGAUGGGACUGCUGGUGUCCUCUGCCUGCCUGGCCCUGGCCUCACUGCCAUACUUCUUCUUCCCCCGCAGCCUGCCUGUGGAGUCCCAGGAGCCCGCUGCAGAUACCAACACACUGAAUGAAGACUCCAAAGAGCAUGACAUCUCCUUGCUUGAUUUCCUCAAGAUGUUCCCCCGGCUGUUUGUGCGCCUGCUCCUGAGCCCUCUGUUCCUGCUGCUGGUUCUGGCUCAGUGCUGCUUCUCCUCCGUGGUGGCCGGCCUCGCCACUUUCCUCAACAAGUUCCUGGAGCGUCAGUACAGCGCCUCGGCCGCGUACAGCAGCCUGCUCAUCGGUGCCGUCAAUCUACCGUCUGUUGCCGUGGGGAUGCUUUUGGGCGGGGUGAUCAUGAAGAGAGCAGAGCUGUCCCUGAAGGUCAUCCCUCGGUUCUCCGUGGUGAUGCUCUUUCUCUCUGUGCUCCUCUGCAUCCCUCUCUUCUUCAUGGGCUGCCAGACGCAGAGAGUGGCCUCUGUCAACUACCAGCCAGGACGUCCUGGGUGGCUGGCUGGGUGUAGCUCAAACUGCUCCUGCCAUAUGAGCGUGUUCAACCCGGUGUGUGGUACUGAUGGUAUCGAGUACAUCUCCCCCUGCCAGGCCGGCUGCAGCAACUUCACUAUGGAUCCCAAAAACCCCUACAGGGUUCAGGUGUACUCCAACUGCAGGUGUAUACCUGGAGGCCCAGGGGGGGCCCGGCCAGGACCCUGCCACAACCAGUGUCCUCACUUCCUGCUUCCUGUCAUGGUGAUCAUCUCUCUGGCAGCGCUGGUGGCCAGCCUGUCUCACAACCCCAUCUACAUGAUGGUGCUCAGGACCGUUCCCCAGGAAGACAAAUCCUUCGCCAUCGGGGUCCAGUUCCUGCUGAUGAGGAUGCUGGCCUGGUUGCCAGCCCCAGCCCUGUUCGGCAUGACCAUCGACUCCUCCUGCAUCUGGUGGAAACGUGUCUGCGGCAACAAGCUUGGAUGCGGUUACUACGACAACAACCUCUUGAGAAACAGGUAUCUGGGACUGCAGGUGGGCUUCAAGCUGAUAGGGAUCCUGCUGCUGUGCCUGGUGGGCUGGAAGGUGCCUCGGAGCAACGAGUACAGCCUGGAGAAGAGACCUGAGGGCCUGCUGUGACCAGGAACGCACACACUAUACACACACACACACACACUAUACACACACGCACACACUAUACACACACACACUAUACACACACACACACACACACACUAUACACACACACACAUUAUACACACACACACACAUUACACACACACACACACAUUAUACACACACACACA